AUGAACAGCGAGUUCAAGGAGUCUUUGAUGGCUUGGAUGAAGGCAGCAAAAAACGGGUUUACCGAAAUUGUGGAGUUUCUUGUCACAAAGGGAGUAGAUGUAAGUCAACUAUCGUUUUUAAAUGGUGAUGCCACGGCGCUGUCCCUAGCUUGCUCUGCUGGGCAUAAGGACAUUGUCAAGCAUCUUUUCAAAUGUGGAGCUGACCCCAAGAUCGAAUUAAAGGAUGGAGUAACAUGUGUAUUGGAGGCUGCAAGAAAUGGCUUUGUCAGUAUCGUGGGAAUGAUGCUCGAUCACGGCGGUGUCAGCCUCCACGAGCAAACGGCUCUUCGUCGAGGUAAGAAAGCUGCUGCUGCUGCAUCAACUGCAGUUGCUCCCUCUUUGGUGAACCCUGUCAGUAGUAUGCUACCUUUGCCUAAGACAGCAGCAGGCGCAGUCCCUACACCUCCGGACCCAGCAAGCUAUGGACUUUCCGGUUUUCCCCCCGCUCAGCCCGGUCACUAUGUGUCUUUGCCUGCUGAUUUCUUCAAUAGUUCAGCUUUAUCUUGGUUCGCUUCGCUGUUUUCUGGACUAAGUGAUGGCACCACUCCCGUCUUUCCUGCCGGAAGCGAUUGCGCGAUGCCAAUGACCUAA